UGCAGUGAAGACUUAUAAAACUAACGAUAUAUUAUAUCACACAGACACACAGGUGAAUUAACAAUAGUUUCGUCGUUAAUAGUUCAGACAUGAAUACCUCUGCUGUUAUAUUAAAACAGACCGAGUCAUUAACGAGGUAACCAAGGACAAAUCCUUAGCAACACAGAGGAAAAGGGUUUAAUAUCAUGUACGAAGAGGAAACGACAAAAUGAGAAGGAGUCUUGCUCCCAGUCAAGUGGCAAAACGGAAACAAGGAGGAGGAGGAGGAGAUUCCAGUGGAGAUGAAGAGUGGACAUGUACAACUGAUAAGAGAAGAAAAUGUGCAAAUGAGGUGAGAGAAAGUCAUAUUUCUCCGUUCAGGAGGCCUCUGACACAGCUGAACAACCGCCCAACAUGUAUGGAUGGUGAAAAGCAUGAGGCAUUUAUUCGAAGUAUCCUCUCCAAGCCGUUUAAAAUUCCCAUUCCAAAUUACACAGGUUCACUGGGAAUCAGGGCACUUGGUCUAAAGCGAGCCGGAGUGAGGAAAGCGCUUCACGAUCCAUUUGCAGAAGAUGCACUCGUUCUUUAUGAGCCUCCAACUCUGAGUGCUCAUGAGCUCAUCAAAAGUGACAAAGAGAAACUACCAGUCCAUGUCGUUGUGGAUCCAGUCUUAGGGAAAAUCCUGCGACCCCAUCAGAGAGAGGGGGUGAAAUUUCUGUGGGACUGUGUGACGGGCAGACGCAUCCAAGGAUCAUUUGGCUGCAUCAUGGCCGACGAGAUGGGUCUGGGAAAGACUUUGCAGUGCAUCGCCCUCAUGUGGACCCUGUUACGCCAAAGCCCUGAUGCUAAACCGGAGAUAGACAAAGCUAUUGUGGUGUCGCCUUCCAGUUUGGUUCGUAAUUGGUACAAUGAGGUGGGAAAGUGGCUGGGAGGACGAGUGACACCAGUGGCCAUCGAUGGAGGUUCAAAGGACGAGAUAGACAGACAGUUAGUGAACUUCAUCUCUCAGCACGGUCUGAGGGUACCUACUCCAAUCCUCAUCAUAUCCUAUGAGACAUUUCGACUGCAUGCUCAUGUGCUGCACAAAGGCAAAGUUGGACUUGUUAUCUGUGAUGAGGGUCAUCGUUUGAAGAACUCUGACAACCAAACUUACCAGGCUCUGAACGCCAUGAGUGCCCAGAGGAGAGUACUGAUAUCAGGCACUCCAAUCCAGAACGACCUGCUGGAAUACUUCAGUCUUGUCCACUUUGUUAAUGCUGGGAUCCUCGGUACAGCCCAGGAGUUUAAAAAGCGCUUUGAGCUUCCCAUCCUCAAAGGUCGAGACGCAGAUGCCAGUGAUAAAGACAGACAAACCGGAGAGGAGAAACUCAAGGAGCUGAUCAGCAUCGUCAACAGGUGUCUGAUAAGGAGAACCUCUGACAUCCUGUCAAAGUAUCUGCCGGUGAAGAUUGAGCAGGUCGUCUGCUGCAGACUAACACCCCUUCAGACAGAGCUGUAUAAACGCUUCCUGCGACAGGCCAAACCCAUAGAGACAUUACAGGAGGGCAAAAUCAGUGUGUCCUCCCUGUCCUCCAUUACAUCACUUAAGAAACUGUGCAAUCACCCGGCUCUUAUCUAUGAUAAGUGUGUGGAGGGUGAGGAGGGUUUCGAGGGAGCGUUGGAUUUGUUUCCUUCCGGCUACAACACGAAGGCUGUGGAACCUCAGUUGUCUGGAAAAAUGCUGGUUCUUGACUAUAUUCUGGCGAUGACGAGAAGCACAUCCAGUGACAAGGUAGUGCUGGUCUCCAACUACACUCAAACACUGGACCUCUUUGAGAAGCUGUGCAGAUCUAGAAGAUACCUUUAUGUUCGACUGGAUGGUACAAUGUCGAUCAAGAAACGGGCAAAGAUAGUGGAGAGAUUCAACAGUCCAUCUAAUCCAGAGUUCAUCUUCAUGCUGAGCAGCAAGGCUGGUGGAUGUGGUCUGAAUCUGAUUGGUGCUAAUCGUUUGGUGAUGUUUGAUCCUGACUGGAAUCCAGCCAAUGAUGAGCAGGCAAUGGCACGAGUGUGGAGAGACGGACAGAAGAAGACAUGUUACAUCUACAGACUGCUCUCUACGGGGACCAUAGAGGAGAAGAUCCUACAGAGACAGGCCCAUAAGAAAGCCCUGAGCAGCUGUGUGGUGGACGAGGAGCAGGAUGUGGAGCGUCACUUCUCUCUGGGGGAACUCCGAGAACUCUUCACUCUCAACGAGGAGACUACGAGUGACACGCAUGACAAGUUUCGCUGCCGCCGUUGUGUGAAUGGUAGAGAGGUUCGGCCUCCUGCAGACGACUCAGACUGUACCAGCGACCUCUCCCAGUGGAACCACUGCUUCGAUAAGAAGGGCCUCAGGGACCAGGUGCUGAAAUCGUCCUGGGACGCUGCUGUCAGCUUCGUCUUCCACCAGCGCUCACACGAGGACCAGAGAGGAAUAGUAUAGACAGAGGAAGGCAGCACAUCGUGUAUAUAUUGUACUCAUAUUUAUUUGUUAUUAAACAU